ACACCUUUUAGAUUUUUGAUAUUUAUUCAAAUAAACUAUUAAAUCAUAUGUAAAUUAGAUAUGAAUUUCCCUUCAAAUGCUAUUGAGCUUUAAAUUAUGGCUAUUUUGUGUAUAACCCCAUUCUGCAGUGAAAUUCAUAUCUAAUUUACAUAUGAUUUAAUAGUACGGUGACUGUACAUCACUCCCUUCAAAUGCUAUUGAAGUUAGAAACGUGUUUAACAAUGUCGUAUGUAACUUUAGAGACGGUCCCUUAAUUUCCGCAUAUCCGCGUAUAUCGAACGUCAAAUCAACUUUAUUGCAGUGCUUUACUGGAGUACUAUUAGAGGGCAGUGGUGGCUCAACAGUUAUGGCUCUGGGUUACUGAUCAGAAGGUUGGGGGUUCAAGCCCCAGCACCACCAAGCUGGCACUGUUGGGCCCUUGAGCAAGACCCUUAACCCUCUCUACUCCAGGGGGGCUGUAUUAAGGCUGACUCUGACCCCAACUUCCUAAAAAGCUGGGAUAUGUGAAGAAAAGAAUUUCACUGAGCUGUAAUGUAUAUGUGACAAAUAAAGGCUUCUUCUUCUUACUAUUAGGUACUAUUGUAUAUGGGUAGGUGUAUAGAUUGGGUGCUUCUCAAUACUCAAAUCGAUGCUUCCUCAUUUCCCCGCUCCACCGUCCUCCAGCCCGUGACCUGGAAAUCGAUCGAAGUCAACCAUCUUAAAGGACGUAUCAAUUCUCUAAUUGCACCGUGAGGAGGCGAGGAGCAAGGAAGCUUCCAAAGGAGCUAGGAGCGAGGACACACAGGUGUAUCCUAUGCGGACAUGUUUCUUGUCGAAAAACCCGACGCGCAUAUAAAUUCCCCUCCUUCUUUACAUCUGCCACAAUCUCAAACAAAAAGUCCUAUGAUGUUGUGACGGAAUUUUGUGUGAAAUGUAAUUAAAUAAUAAUAUGCUUACAAUGAGUAUUGUAAUGAAUUGAUCCUUGCAUGUUUUGGAUAUGUGAUAAAAGAUGCGAUGAAUUACGGUUUGUUCAUUAAUUCAUUGUUGAAUAACGCAGAGAUUUCACGUACUAUCAGUGCAUUUUGCUUUAUUAAGAAUGCCGUUAUUAAUCAAGCUCCAACAACAUAACAGCAGAUCCGUGAAGCGCAGUGAGGUGAUCCAGCUGAGCGCAGUCAUCAUUAAUUGACGUCGAUUUGAGGCGACGCUUGAGAGAGCGAGGAUAUUCCAUUCGACUUACUUCGAUUCCUCUCUCCUCGGAUCUCAUCCUUGCAUCCUUCCCUCGCAUCCUAAGGGGGUGGAGCUAAGACAGAAGGAAAGGAAGCGAAGAAAGGAAAUGAGGAUGCGCAAAUAAGAAAUGAAGCACCCAGGGUAUCGGAAAAGUCAGGAACUGAUGGGAAUACGUUGAGGAAAUACGUCAUCCAGAGAAAUCCGCAAAAACGUGAUACAUGCAAAAGUCUAAGGAUACAGCAGAGUCCCGACAGAGGGUGCUCUUCAUCUCCAUCUCCCUCGUCAUCACCGUCGAAGAAGACGAAGGUCACGAGCGUCAUUCCGCUUCAUCGCUCAUUAGGAAAUAACCCCAGAGUGUGUCUUCAAGUAACCGGCUGAUCAGACGGUCCUCAGUGAGCGACACUACACGCCGAUUUCUAAGCGCCAUUUGAAAUAAACCAACAUGGCGAAGAAGAGGAGCGGAGUCCGCGAACCUGAAGGCACUACUCUCAUACAGGAGGAAGCAACGACAAAAGAAACGCAACCUCUUAAAGCAGCGCAGUAUACCGGAGGACGAUCUGCACGCAUGUCCCUCCUCAUCCUGAUCUCCAUCUUUGCCUGUGCUGCUUCAGUCAUGUACCUGGUUUACAGAAAUUUCCCAGAGCUGAGCGAAGACGAGAGGGACAAGAUAAAAGUCCCCAAAGACAUGGACGACGCUAAGGCACUGGGUACCGUGCUCUCCAAAUAUAAGGACACCUAUUAUACCCAAGUGCUUAUAGCAUAUUUCGCUACUUAUGUCUUCCUCCAGACAUUUGCCAUUCCAGGUUCAAUUUUCCUCAGUAUCCUGUCUGGUUAUCUGUAUCCCUUCCCCCUGGCCCUGUUCCUGGUUUGCCUGUGCUCAGGUCUGGGAGCGUCUUUCUGUUACAUGCUGUCCUAUUUGGUGGGCAGACCCGUGGUGUACAAGUACCUCACAGAGAAAGCGCAGAAAUGGUCACAACAGGUCGAUAAACACCGAGAACACCUCAUCAAUUACAUCAUCUUUCUGAGAAUUACGCCUUUCCUUCCAAAUUGGUUUAUCAACAUCACUUCUCCGGUCAUCAACGUGCCACUGGGAGUCUUCUUCUUUGGUACAUUCAUUGGAGUCGCUCCUCCAUCUUUCGUAGCGAUAAACGCCGGAACGACGCUGUACAAGCUGACCACAGCGGGCGAGGCCGUGUCCUGGUACUCUUUGGCCGUUCUGGCCGUUCUGGCCGUAGUCUCUAUUCUCCCGGUGUGUUUCCAGAGAAAGCUGCAGGAAAAGAUGGAGUAAAGUUGCCUCCUCACUUCUUCUGCCUGUCACCUGGUUCACCCUGCUUAUCUUGGUCCUCAAACACACAGCUGUCUUUUUUUUUUUUUUUCUUUUCUUUUUUUUUUUUCUUUCUUUGUCGUCUUGGAAAACGGGCCCAAAACUGUAGAACUCGGACUGGCUCGUGAUCCUACACUUGUUCUUUUUCUCUGUCACAGAAUGAACGUUUAUAUCCAUUAUCUUUUCAUUGUUUUAUAUGUUUUUAACAACCUUGUGUAGUAGGUCCUAUAUUGAGUCAGUGUCUUUUUCUUUUCUAACUUUAAAGCAAUACCCCCCCCCCCCUUUUUUUAAAUAAAUGUUUUUAGCCGUGUUGCAUUGGCAGCACAAACAGGGUGCUAUGCCAGGAGAAAUUUAAAUACAACACCUCUCACAUACGCCGUGCCAUAAACAUUAUUUUUCCUCACAGUUUGACUAUAACAGUAAAUUUAAAAACGCUGAUUUGGUCUGGACGAUGCACCAUACUGUCUGUCCUGCUGCCGCCCAAAUGUAGGACAUUCUCCUGGUAGUUCUUUUUCAAUAUAUAAAUAUAUAUAUCUAUAUAUAAUCUCAGAAAAUACGAUUUCCGACACCGAAUUGUAUUUCUAAUGCCUCAUAUGUAUUGUAUUUUUUUUUUUUUUUUUUUUUAAUUUUUCUUUUAUUUAUUUAGCUAGUUUGUUUUUGCUUUCCUUAUCCAUUUUGUCUUAAAUAGCAGGUUACUGGAAAUAGACUGCAGUGACCCUUUUGAUUUCGUUCUCCACCUCGGACAUAAAAAAGGAAAAAGAAAAGUAAGAAUGAUGAGUUUUAAACGAUUCAGUAAUGAAUAGUAAAAGACUGAAAGUCUGAAAGGACCUCAUGAAUCUUAACUAUAUUUUAAAAGAAAAACAGUUUAGGACAUGCAUCUCUACACAGCGAGCAGUCUUGUUUGCACUGAAUAUAUGCAUUUUAGGGGGAAUUUUCUACCCCACAAAGGUAGAAGCCAGAUACCUCGUCGUGUACGAGUUCACUGUUUACUACUCCUUCAUUGAAAGCAAGUGGGUUAGUCCCUUAGUUCCCAAUCCUGGUUCUGGAAGUACUCCUGCUCUGUGGAGUGUUUUCUUAUUCUUAUUCUUAUCUUAUCGCAUCAGCUGAUAAAUAAAUUGAUCAAAACGUACAGGGUGUGGCUAAGCUCCUGUAGGACCAGCAUUGGAAACCUGCGGUUUAGUCCCUUUCAGUCUGAUCGCUUUCCGUAGCUUUGAGACAUAAUGUACAUCUCUGCAUAAGUCUUAGUGAAUCCUCUGCGUAUAAAAAGCACAUCAACAUGGAUAAGGUGCAUUUCUACAAUGUAGGCUUUUACUUUACUUUUUUUCUUACAUUUUGUUCAUGACUAUAUUCUCUCCUCUUCUUCUCGUCUCUUUGCGUUGCCUCCACACACACACACACACUCACACAGACAGUAUUACAUGGAACUCUCUGGAUGUUCUUCAUAUGUAAAUGCUACUAACUGAUCACUUUUUCUUUCAAAUGUCAUUACGAAAUGUUAUAUAAUGAAGAUAUUUAUUAUGAAAUGAUUAAAACAUGGUUCCCUUCGUGUGUGUUU